AUAUUAAAACAAAAAAGUUAUACAUAAAUGUCCAUUUCAGACGAUGCCGUAUUGGAAUUCAUGUUCAAUCCUGGUAAGACCUUUGUAAAAAUAAAACAAGAUGGUGUGUUUAACAGUCAAUCAGAAUCACAAGGAUUGCCUCUUGAUACAAUCUCCAGCACAGUUGAUACAAAACCAAAGUAUGAUAUAUCCCCUGAAACCAUUGCAAAAUUAGAGGCGAUUGAAAAAGAAGCUGUUGUGUUGGUAGAAAAGGAUGCAAACUCUGAUAAGGCAUUAGAGUUAUUUAACAAGUGUAUCGAAAUAGAAAGUAAAUACUCUUCAGCGUAUAACAAUAGAGCCCAAUUGUACCGGAUGCAGGAUAAUUUGGAGGCAGCGCUAAAAGACUUGGAUUAUGUCAUUCAGGAUAUUGGAGAGGGACAGCCCAAGAUUUUAAAACAAGCGUAUACUCAACGAGCCAUUAUAAAACGUCAACAGGGAGAUAUCAGUGGGUCGCAAAAGGAUUUUGAGAUGGGAGCCAAAUUGGGUAAUCCGAUUGCGCGUAAUUUUGCAGUGUCCGAAAAUCCUUAUGCUAAAAUGUGUAAUCAAGUCAUGAUGCAAGUGAUGAAUCAAGAGAGAAUGCGAGGUUUUAUUAAUCCGGAAUUAUAA